AUGGGAUCUGGGAAGUUCCCUGGUCCAGUUAAUAUGCGGAGGGGUGUGAGGGGGGAGAAGGAGUUCGUUGGUGGGAACAUGGCUUUGGUUGAGGCUAGACAAGCAGCUCCGGCUUAUGGUAUGCUGUUGACAUAUCAGGGGAAUACUGAUACAGUGGAUUAUUUGGUCCACAAUGGUGGGGUGAUGAAGAGGGCCGAUUCCGUUGCUGGUAUGUCGAGUGAGGGGGAUUCGAUCGAGAAAAGAGGGGGAAAAAAGAGAGUUAUAUCCCCGACGAGCCGGAGUCGGGUGUUAAGGAUGAAGACCGCCAUGGAGACUCUAUCCUCAUCCAAGACUGUUCCAGCUACGGCGCACUCGGUAUCACUGCUACCAGUCGGUUCCAUUUACCAAACCACACCACAGAAUUACGUCGUGGAGGAAAAUAAAGAGGAGGAUAAAGGCGAGGCGGUUGCCGGAAUCCAGGGUUUAGGCACGGGGCCCGGUAUCAGUAACAAAUUGAUGGAUCGUGUUUCUGUUCCGGGGAAAUCUGACUCUCGCUUGGAUACAGAAACUGGAGGACAGGCUAUUACUGAAAUCCACGGCUUUGCUGGUGAAUUCAACACCAGCGACGAAUUGCUAGAUCGCGUUUCUGUCUCCAGAAAGUCUGGCUCCUUUGUGUAUACGGUAUCGGUGCUUAGACUUCCCAUUUGGCCGCGCCAUCAGACUCUCACUCCAAUUUGGACGCGAAAUCAGUAUCCUCUAUGCCACGCGCAACCUCAGUUUCAUCUUCCGUCGUUUUCGCAAGGCCGGGGGCCUCCCUAUAUAGUGAGAAAUUUGGCGGGCCUGAUGCUGAAAUGCAGGAUAUGGGGAUUUGAAUUCAUAGAUGGAGAGAAAACUCCAGUCACCGGACCUCGCACCGGAAUUCAGGGCUUGAGGGAUAUAGACGACCUGGUUCUAGGAGCGAAUUUGAGCUCAAAGGCAAGCUCGCUAGUUAAUCCGAGAGAAGGAGUCGCUGGACCUAACUACGAGGUAGAGGGCGCGGAUCAAUUUCUACCAGACCAUGUUGCUAGUGACUUAUUUCUGAAGGUGAGGAUUCCUCCUUCCUCGUCCCCCAUCCUUCCGUCCACAUCCUCAAGCAAAAAUAACACCGCCGCUACCGCCCCAGAUCCCGUCAUCACAGCCAUAGCAGAAAUAUAUGGAUACAAUCCUUCCAAGAUUACGAGGAUACCUGGCCCACUUCUGAUAGACGCUCCUAUGGGAUUUUGGAUGAAGGCGAAGAAAAGGAAUUGGGGUAAGAGGGGGAGAGAGAAUAAUUAUUUCGUCCUCGAUAGUAUUUCAGAGCAAGUGGUCCCUACGCCUCCAGUCUUGUUCUAUACGUUGACAGAUGAUAUAAGGCAUUACGGCAUGUCAUCAUGUAUCACGUAA